CUCACUGAAAAAAAAAAAAAGAGAAGUAUUCCAGGAAAUGAGAAUGAUGACUGUGUCUGUACUGGGGUUUUUAGUUCAGUUUUCGGUCUUCUGUUUUGACAAAUGAUGCAAAACAGCCUUUCUCUAUGAACCAUGAAGAGCAGACAACAGAAAAACAUUUGCUUUUGGUCCCUUGUCUCUUUUCUGUUGACCUCAUCUUCACCAGCUGGAGGUGUUCAGCUCAGAUUAGUUGGGUCUCAGUCUAAUCGGUGCUCUGGAAGAGUUGAAAUCUAUUACAGCAAUGCCUGGGGAACAGUCUGUGAUGACAGUUGGGAGUUAAAAGAUGCUGAGGUGGUUUGCAGAGACUUGAACUGUGGGACAGCAGUGAGUGCUCCUCAUUCGGCCCAUUUUGGCCAAGGAACCGGGCAAAUCUGGCUCGAUGACGUGGACUGUUCAGGAAGUGAAAGGUCUCUAAUUGAGUGUCGGCACGGAGGAUUUGGGACACACAACUGUAAACAUGGAGAGGAUGCUAGUGUCAUCUGUUCUGGUGUUCAGCUCAGAUUAGCUGGGUCUCAGUCUAAUCGGUGCUCUGGAAGAGUUGAAAUCUAUUACAGCAAUGCCUGGGGAACAGUCUGUGAUGACAGUUGGGAGUUAAAAGAUGCUGAGGUGGUUUGCAGAGACUUGAACUGUGGGACAGCAGUGAGUGCUCCUCAUUCGGCCCAUUUUGGCCAAGGAACCGGGCAAAUCUGGCUCGAUGACGUGGACUGUUCAGGAAGUGAAAGGUCUCUAAUUGAGUGUCGGCACGGAGGAUUUGGGACACACAACUGUAAACAUGGAGAGGAUGCUAGUGUCAUCUGUUCUGUGAGCCUCCCAAAGCCCAGCAUCUCCAUGAAUCCUACUAGUAAGGUCACCUGGGGUCAGAAUGUCGUUAUCAGUUGUUCAAAUUCAGCUGAGCUUAAAGGUGGAACGUUCGUUCUGAGGAAGACAUCAGGCUCAUUCAGACAGACUAAAACAUCAAGUUCCAACCCUGCUGCAUUCAGUAUCCAAAAAGUAGACUUUGAUGAUGAAGGAUCGUAUCAGUGUCAAUCCAUUUCAGGUCAGACUUUCACCUCCAGCCUAACUGACAUAGUCAACCUGACUGUUACAGUGAGUUUCCCCAAGCCCAGCAUCUCCAUGAACCCUGCUGAUGAGGUUACCUGGGGUCAGGAUGUCAGCAUCACUUGUUCAAUUUCAACUCAGGUUUUAGGUGGAACAUUCAUCCUAAAAACAACUCCAGGUUCAUUCACAAAGACACAAGCAUCAAGUACCAACACUGCUACCUUCAGAAUUCCUAAAGUGGACUUUGACAAUGAGGGAUUUUACCAGUGUCAGUAUCAGAAAAGGGGCUCCAGUCGUGAUUUCAACUCCCCUCUAAGUGAUUCUGUCAAACUCUCUAUCACUGUAAUACUGCAGAGGCCCAACAUCUCCCUGACAUCUCCUAAUGGAGGUAUUGUCUUGAGUCCUGAAGGUGCAGAGAUCACCUGGGCUUACAGCUUCGUCUUCACCUGCUCCAUUAACUCCAGCUAUUCUGAAGGCCGUUUCUUUCUCAUCUUCUCUGGCUCCAACAUUGCUGACACCAAGCCAGCAGUCAACCACUCAGCCUCUUUUUACUUCCCUGUGGCUGAGUAUGAACACCAAGGCAACUAUAGCUGUGUAUAUGAAGUCACACUGUUCAAAUGGAGAUUCAAUUCUUCUGAGACAGCACCAAUCAGGGUCAUUAUUACAUCGCCUUUGUUACCGCUGGUCUCCUCAGUAGCUGCUGGGAUCCUGCUGCUGCUCCUGCUGGUCUUGUUGGUGGUUUGUCUGGUCUGCAGCAGAAGACAACAGCAGCCUGGAACCCUCAUCUUAAGUCAAUUGGCUAUCACAGCUGGGAACCCCUAUGAAGAUGACAAUAAUGAUGACGAGGACUAUGAGAAUGUUGAUCCAGUGGACGCCAAGAAGAAUGCAGGGAAAGUAGAGGAAGAGGAGAGUGACGAUUAUGAGGAACCAGAGAAUGACGAAGAUCAUGAUUAUGAGGAAGCGGGUCCUGAUGCAAAUUAUGUAAAGGAGGUCUGUUUCAUUGUAGAGGACAACAGAGAAGAUGAAUCCAGUGAUGAUGAAAAUGACUAUGUGAAUGUGACUCAGUCAUCUGUUGAACAAACUAUGGACAUUUAUGUAGAACAUGAGGAUACUUAUCAAAACUUUUAGGUGUCUACUAGUCGACAGUGUUACAUUGAUACCAUUGUUAGAGAACUGAUUUUUGCUGUAUUAAAAGAACAGCUGCCAGUAAAACAGCCAGAGCAAACAAAUAUUGAAUAUAGCACACAGCUUGGUCUUUUCUGGCCUCAGGAGAGUAUGAUAGUCAUUCAGUACUUAUUUCAGAUUGCUAUCUCAGUGUAGGCAUACAGUGUACAAUAUACACUGUAAAAAAGAAAAAAAAUGAGAAAAGUCAAAUUUCAAGGCAACAUGAUGCAAGAGAUUUUUGAGUUUUUUCAACUUUUGCAAGCUGUUGUUGACUUAACUAUAGUUUUCAAGUUCUGCCAAGAGUUCUGCCAACUUGAAUCUUCUUGUUCAGCCAAUUAGGAUAAUCCCGUAAAGCUAGCAAAGAAAUUCUUGUUUCAAUGCCAUGUAUUUCUACCUUCAUUAAACAUGUUGAAUAAACAUACAAUUAUUCCUUCAGUGCUAUGUAUUCCUAGAUUCAUCAAACAUAAAUAUUCUUGUUGAAUAAACAUACAUUUUACUUUUAUAAAUCAAGGAAAAUGUAUGUGACUGUAGAUGGAUACUGAAUAAAACAAAGACUACAGCUGAA